AUGUGGUUCGUCUCCUAUCUAUUUCUCAUUGUUAUCGUGAAAAAUACCACAUCUUUGAAGUGUUGGUAUUGUAAAGGACAGUUAAUAUCAACGAACAGUUGGUUGCUGCACUCGAAUAAUUGCUGUGUACCGGAUGUAGUUACUUGUCCACCACCUUCUUAUUGUAUUAUUGCACAAGUAAGGGGUCCACGAUCAUUUUGGAUCACCGGAUGUGUUGAUGAUGAACUUAUUGGAUGCGAUUCUUAUUAUCUGCCACAAGCGUACAAUUCUAGUCUUUCACGUUGCCAAUGUAAAACUAAUUUGUGUGCACCAAUUAGAGAGAUCACUCAGUGUGAUAUGAAAUUCGCUGAAAAUUAUACAAUUCAUAACAAAUCAUCAACAAUAAAAUAUGGUAAAUUUUUUUUUAAAUUUAUAUUUUUAUGGAAUUAUUUUCGAAAAUUACGAUAA